AUGUCGACGUCAACCGCGUCGCGCGUGUUCUCGGCAGACGACGACGACGCGAGGUCGAAUUCGUCCGGCGAAAUGGACGGAUCGCUGAGCGACGACGAGGUGACGCAGCAGCGCCUGCACAGUCGCCCGCAGCUCGCGACGACGGCGGAGGAUCUUACCGCGAACCUUCCCGACGAUUGCCUCGUGCACGUGUUCCGGAAGCUCGGAACGUCGGAUCUUGCCAGAUGCUCCUUGGUGUGCAGGCGCUGGUUCAUGUUAGACGCGGAGACCAGGCCAAGCAUGUCGCUGCGCGCGACUCUAGACGCCGCUCCGGACCUCGCGAGCCUGUUCAGGCGGUUCACGGGCGUGCAGAAGCUGGUGCUGAAAUGCGAGCGCAACGUGCUGAGCAUCGAUGACGCGUCCUUGGAUACCAUCGCCCGGCAGUGCGUUUACCUGCGGAAACUCAAACUCAAGAACUGCCGACAGAUCACGGACGAUGGCAUGGAGAGGUUCGCCCAGGCCUGUCCGGAGCUUCGGAAGUUCUCGUGUGGGAGCUGCGGGUUCGGGCUGAGGGGGCUCAACGCCCUGCUCAAUGGCUGCAUCCACCUUGAGGACUUAACCGUCAAACGAAGCCUGCACCCCUCAUUGCCUAAAGACCGCGUCACGCAGAUCCCACACGUGUCGGACUCGCUCUCUCCACCGGCCAACCUCUCUCUGAAGCGCCUCUGCCUCAAGGACCAACGCCAGUCACACAUCUGGGUGCCGCUGCUGCAGGCCACGUCGAGGCUAGAAACCCUAAUUUUGGCACGGAAUGCGGGGCACUGGGACCAGGUGCUCGGUAGCUCUCUCAGGGAGAAGCUCACUCCGGAGCUGUCUCAGAUUUACGUGGAGAGGGUGCAGAUAACGGACAAGGGACUUCAGUGCAUCGGCAAGUGCCCCAAGCUAGAGGCGCUGGUGGUGGUGCGCACACCCGAGUGUACUGAUGCCGGCAUGGCGGCUGUAGCAGCCGGCUGUAGCGGGCUGAAGAGGCUGCACGUGGAGGGGUGGGCGCCGGGGCAUCUGGGCGACCCGGGGCUGUCAGCGAUCGCCAGGCACUGCCGGCAGCUGCAGGAGCUGCUGCUGGUGUCCCAUGCCUGCACCGUCUCUUCUCUCCAACUGCUCGCCUCCAACUGCCCUUCCUUAGAGCGCCUCACGCUCUGCUCAGGCCACAACAUGGGAGACCCAGAGCUCGCCACCCUCGCCUACUCCUGCUCCAACCUCCGCCGCCUCUGCGUGAAAGCCUGUAACAAGGUUACUGACCUCGGGAUUUACGCGCUCGCGAAUGGGUGCCCGAGCCUGCAGCGGCUGAAGGUGAGGCGGUGCCCGGCUGUUUCGGCGCAUUCGCUGAGUGUUCUGCAGGAGCAGAGGCCGACGUUGAGAAUGCCGACCGUUAGCGUGGGUCGCGAUCGGCUCUUCGCCGCGCUCGGCAAAACUUACACGGAGGAGGAAUUUGAUGAGCUCUGUUUCGAGUUCGGCAUCGAGCUUGAUGAUGUGACCACAGAGAAGGCUAUUAUCCGCAAGGAGAAGCACCUAACGGACGAGGUUCCAGCGGAGGACGAGGAGGUGAUCUACAAGAUCGAGGUGCCUGCCAACCGCUACGACCUGCUGUGCCUGGAGGGGCUGGCCCGCUCGCUGCGCAUCUUCCUGGAAAUGGACCCUGUGCCCCAGUUCAAGCUCGCUGCUGCUGCCAGCCCCAUCCGCAUGACUGUCACGCCUGAGACGGCCCUGAUCCGCCCCUUCGUGGUUGGGGCAGUGCUGCGCAAUAUCACGUUCGACCAGCACCGCUACAACAGCUUCAUCGACCUGCAAGACAGGCUGCACCAGAACCUGUGCCGUCGCCGCACGCUUGUGGCGAUCGGGACACAUGACCUAGACACGCUCACACCACCCUUCACGUAUGAGGCCCUACCUCCCACGGAGAUCAAGUUUGUGCCACUCAAGCAGACCAAGGAGUUCAAUGCUGCUGAGCUCAUGGAGUUUUACAAGUCUCACAACAAGCUUAAGAAGUUCCUACACAUCAUCAGCGAAUCGCCUGUCUUCCCAGUGAUCUAUGAUGCCAACAGAACCGUGCUGUCUCUCCCGCCGGUGAUCAACGGCUCACAUUCAGCCAUCAAGCUGACCACGCGCAACGUGUUCAUCGAAUGCACCGCCACUGACCUCACCAAGGCCAAGAUCGUUCUCAACACCGUUGUCACCAUGUUCUCCGAGUUCUGCGAUAACAAGUUCGAGGUGGAACCGGUGGAGGUGGUAUCUACGGAGGGGCAGGUGGCGGUGUACCCUCAGAUGGAGGAGAGGGAUGUGGAGACAUCGGUGGGGUAUAUCAACAAGGCUAUUGGCGUUGACCUUAAAGCCGAGGAGAUCGCCCGGCUGCUGACGCGCAUGCAGCUGCCGUCCAAGGUGGUGGAGGGGCGGAGAGGAGAGGACGGGGCCGAGGUGGUAAGCGUGACAGUGCCGCCCACUCGCAGUGACGUGCUGCACCCCUGUGACAUUAUGGAGGACGUGGCUAUCGCACACGGUUACAACAACAUUGCUCGCACAGAGCCCAAGACGGUGUGUGAGGGCAAGCAGCAGCCUCUCAACCAGCUGUGCGACCUGCUGAGGGGCGAGGUGGCCCAGGCGGGCUUCACAGAGGUGCUCACGUGGGCGCUCAUCGCACGCAGCGAGAACUUUGAGAUGGUGAACUUGAAGGACGAUGGCAAGACGGCUGUUGUCAUUGGCAACCCGCGCUCUGCUGAUUUCGAGGUGGUGCGCUCGUCUCUCCUCCCCGGAAUGCUCAAGACCCUCGCCAGCAACAAGGACUCGCCCCGCCCGGUGAAGCUCUUUGAGGUGUCGGACGUGUGCCUGCUGGACGAGAGCAAGGACGUGGGGGCGAGGAACGAGAGGCGGCUCAUAGCGCUCUACUGCAACCUGCACUCUGGCUUCGAGGUCAUUCACGGUCUGGUCGAUCGCCUCAUGGAGUCGCUGGGAGUGGCGUGUGGAGGCCAAGCAGGGGCGGACGGGACAAAGGCUCUUGCUGAUGGGCCGGCAACGCAGGGUGACGGUGGGGAUGCUGCCAAGGCUGCCGCUGCUCUCAAGUACUUCAUUGCUCCCUCGCAAUCUCCCCAGUUCUUUGGGGGCCGUCAGGCCGAUAUCCUCUGUAAAGGAAAAUCCAUCGGCACUUUUGGUGUCGUUCACCCAGAGGUUCUUGCGCGUUUUGACAUCCCUGAUCCUUGCUCUGCUGUGGAGAUUAACCUAGAGCCGUUUCUCCAGUUAUAG